CGUUGGGAUUUGCAGAAAAAUGUUGUAAGAGCAAACUCCCUCUAUUAUUUUAUUUCCUCCUCCUCUUGUUGUUGUUGUUGACUUUUUUUUUCUUCUUCGUCUCUAGCCAUCGAACUCUUGGAAUCUCGACUAGCCUUCAGAUCAACAAGCCGUUAUGUUUCCGGAAAACACAGUACUCUCAGAUGUCUGCGCCACCGGAAUCUCCGGCGUCGUCGCUUUCUCGUGCCUCGGUUUCUGGGGAGAGAUUGGCAAGCGCGGCAUCUUCGACCAGAAACUCAUCAGGAAGUUUGUGCACAUAAAUAUUGGCCUUGCUUUUACGCUUUGCUGGCCACUCUUCAGUUCUGGACUCCAAGGAGCGCUCUUCGCUUCUCUUAUAAUUGGAGUCAAUAUAAUAAGGAUGCUGCUCCUGGGCCUUGGAGUCUACCAAGACGAAGGAACUAUCAAGUCUAUGAGCAGACACGGAGAUCGCAGGGAACUACUCAAGGGACCGCUUUAUUAUGCAAUCUCAAUCACAUUGGUAUGUAUCUUCUAUUGGAAGACAUCCCCAAUAGCCAUUGCAGUGAUAUGCAACCUCUGCGCAGGAGAUGGUAUGGCUGACAUUGUUGGGAGGCGGCUUGGAACAAAAAAGCUUCCUUACAACAGAAACAAAUCAAUCGCUGGUAGCAUUGGGAUGGCUAUCGCAGGAUUCUCAGUAUCCGUUGCGUAUAUGUACUACUUUGCUUCGUUUGGUUACAUUGAGAACAGUGGGUGGGAUAUGAUUCUUCGCUUCUUCAUCAUCUCUAUAGCAUCGGCUAUUGUGGAAUCACUCCCUAUAAGCACCGACAUUGAUGACAAUCUCACUGUUUCCUUAACAUCUGCCUUGCUCGGUACUCUACUCUUCUAACAGCAGCACUGAGUCUCUUGUUAUCAUCAAAUACAGAGCCGUAGGGCUUGAUUGCCUCUGUGGUGGAGUAAAAAAACUACAUUCUUAGUCCCCACUUGUUAGUGAAUCAACCCCAUUAUUGUUGUUGUUGUUGUUGUUGUUGUUGAUGUAGACGAUUUUUUUUUCUUCCAGCUGUAAUUGCAGUUGGGUGGAAUGUUGUAAUGUAGUGUAGAAUAUAGUGACACUAUGCUUCUACAAUUUCUACUAGAAACUUAACACAUGCUUGUUUGUUGUUGGUUUGGCAUGUGGCUAUUUACGCUCUAAGAAGCUUUUUUCUCACCA